AUUCAGAUUCUCAUUCUCCAAACGACCCCUAAGUUGGAAACAGGGGGUGAUUCGUAAUUAGAUCCAUAUGCUGAUAUUUUCGACCGGACUCGAUCGGUUCUGUUCCUGCCCCACAUUCGUUCCGUUUCUGUAUCUGGUUGCCCUCCAACUCCUUGUCGAUCUCUUUACCUUCAAUUCCCUUGGGAAACCCUAACUUCUCCAAUCUAGGGUUUACCACGCUAUACCGUUUCCUUCUAUAAGCAUGUUUGCGCCAUAAGGCUUGAAUUUUCGGUCGAGAGAGGUACAGAGGUUUUCGUUUCGCACUCUCAAGUGCCUGUUAGAAAUAAAAUUAUGUAUCAUCGCGAUCGGGGAGGAGCCGGCAGCGUUCCAUCGAGGUCGGAGCUUGUAGGAAGACCCCUCGAUCGGAAGCGCAUAAACGAUGCGCUUGACAAGCACCUAGAGAAAUCGUCUCCAUCAACUUCGAGGGCCUUGAACAGCAAGGACAAAGAGCGGUUGUCCGUACCAUCCACUUCUGCGGGCAAAUCGCAGCUCGAUCAUCGCGAUUCUCGAGCAGCUUCUCUAUCCGAGAACAAAUGCUCCGAUGAGGAAUCUGAGACUGAUAGUGAAGAGUCAGAUAUAAGUGGCUCCGAGGGGGAUGACACAUCCUGGAUUUCAUGGUUCUGCAACCUUCGAGGAAAUGAAUUUUUCUGUGAAGUGGAUGAUGAAUACAUCCAAGAUGAUUUUAAUCUUUGUGGAUUGAGCAGUCAAGUUCCGUAUUAUGAUUAUGCACUUGAUCUUAUAUUGGACGUGGAAUCUUCUCACGGUGAUAUGUUCACUGAAGAGCAGAAUGAGUUGGUGGAGUCAGCAGCAGAGAUGCUGUAUGGCCUAAUUCAUGUGCGUUAUAUACUCACUAGCAAGGGCAUGGCUGCAAUGUUGGAGAAGUACAAGAACUACGACUUUGGGAGAUGCCCAAGAGUCUACUGCUGUGGACAGCCCUGCCUUCCAGUUGGCCAAUCCGAUAUUCCUCGUUCAAGUACAGUUAAAAUAUACUGCCCAAAAUGUGAAGACAUAUAUUACCCUCGAUCAAAGUACCAAGGCAGUAAGUGUCCUUUGUUAUUAUUCGACAAUUGUUCUUUUGCUUUCUGUGCUGUGUAUCUUUGAUGUAAUUGGUUAGCUGGUUUUCAAUGACGUAUGCACAGACCUUGAUGGAGCAUACUUUGGGACAACGUUUCCUCACUUAUUUCUGAUGACGUAUGGACACUUGAAGCCACAGAAGGCAGCGCAGAGUUAUGUGCAAAGAGUUUUUGGGUUCAAGAUCCACAAGUCCUCCUGAGUUCAGGACGAGGGUGGUUCACAUUCAGCUGUUGGAGUGGCCGAGAUUGAUUCUCCCAGCAGGCUUUUCUGCCGAACAGGUUAGUAACUAACUGGCGCAGAGGGAGUGGGAACUGAGAAUGGGUCGUCCAAUCAAAAUCGGAGGCUGUAGUGUUAUUUGUGAAAUUCAACGUAUUAGCAUUUGUUAUAUAUUGUUAUUCGAAUUUCGAACCCUUUGUUUUUUGCUGAAAAUGAAUCUUAUUACCUUGUUUCUGUUUCUGGCUUUGUGGGUUUAUUUCAUGUUAAAGCUGAGAAUUGUAUCUAAAGCGAUUU